AUGCUGGGGAGAGGGAGAGGGAGAGCGAUGGGAGAUGAAGAAGAGCAGAGGUUAGUGUGGAAGCUUAAAGUUGGGGUGAGAGUCAGAAGAUUCAGUUUGAAGCUCCAUCUUCAGAACCCAUUAUCAUCAUCUUGGAAGCUUCAUCGAUUGCGAUUCCUCCUUAGAUUCCGCAAGCAUCAUCUCAAAGUCGCUUCUUAUUCCAAACCCGAUGGCGUACCCAAGCCCAGGUCCAGAUUCAGAUUUAAAUUCUUACGGAGUCUUCUCCUCCUCCUCAAGUGGAAGCGGAGAGAG